ACUCUUUUUCAGAACGAUGCACCAAAUUCAACGCAGACGUCCUGACCAAAAAGGAUGGCAAUGGGGACCUCAUAUCCCUCUGGUGUCGGCCAAGUGCAAAAGACAGUGAUGGCUUUUGUGUGCUUUGUAAUGUUACAGUGCACUGCGCGCAACAUGGAAGCUCAGCAAUAAUGCGCCAUGCAACGUCUCUUAAGCACAUCGAAAAUGCAAAAAAACAUCGGAACAAAGACGGGGUCCUAACCAAGAGCACUACCAUCCAAAGCACCCUAGAUUUCACGAAGAAUGCAGUGUCACUGUCCCUGCAAGAAAAUGUUACAAGAGCUGAAACAGUUUUUGCUCUUUCUGUGGUAUCCAACUCACUCCCAUACACUUUGGGAGAUGUGGCAACAGCAACAUACCCCAAUAUGUUCCCUGAUUCACAGAUAGCAAAAGCCUUCCAAUGUGGCCGCAAGAAAGUAUCUUACAUCAUAUCUGAUGGCUUAGGACCAUACUUUAAAGCCAAAGUGCUUGAAGAACUUGCAAAGCCUGAGGUAUUCUAUACCGUAAUGAUCGACGAGACCCCAGUGCCCGAGAUGAAGGUGCAGCAGCUGGAUGUGCUCAUCCGGUAUUUCUCUGUUAAUGCACAAGAUGUCGUUGUAGAGCACCUUCAGUCAUUUCACAUGGGGCAUGCCACUGCAGAUGAGCUCUUCUCCUGUGUUGAAGAUGCACUUAACGAACUUCCAAAAAAUAACAUGCUCUGCUUCUUCUCUGAUGGGCCAAAUGUUAUGAAGAGCUUGAAGGGUAAAAUAAAAGCAGAACUUAGCCCCAACAUGAUUGACAUUGGGGAGUGCAGUCUUCAUAAAAUGCAUAACGCAUUUGCCACUGGUCUCAACACUUUCUGCUCUGAGAUUGAAUGUAUUGUCACUGAUAUCCAUCAGUACUUCAGAUAUGCCACAAGACAUGCGGACAUCAAGGAUCUCCAACAGAAACUUGGAUUGCCACAGCUGGAGUUCCUGCGGCACGUAAGCAGCAGGUGGCUGACACUAUUACCAAGUAUACAGCGUGUGCUUAAGUUGUAUGAUGCUUUGAAGUCUUUCUUUUCCAAGGCUGCAGAACCAAGAAAAUCCUCAUCUAUAAGGCACAAUCGCCUCGCAUCUGCAUUUUCUGACAACACGCUCCGAGCACGACUCCUUUUUGUUCAGAAUGCCGCCCAGCUCUUUGACAAGUUUCAAACCUUUUUUCAGAGCAAAGAGCCUCUUCUUCAUUUAUUUUAUGAUGAAAUAGUUGCUGUGGUCAAACAGCUGAUGGGCAGAUUUUUGCGGCAGGAGUCGUUUGUAGAUGUAACUGGUUUCCAUUUGAAGAAUGUUCAAGUUGAAUCGCAAGCUAACUGGAAAGUGAAACCUGAGCUUGGCUUAGAUACUGAGAAAGAAAUGGAGCUUUGGACACCAACUCAGAAAAAGGCUUUCUAUGUCAAGACCAGAGCUUUCUAUAUAUCCUGCACAAAGUACCUCGUCUCAAGGUUACCUUUGGACAACAAAGUGCUGUUCCACAGUAGAUUUUUGAAGCCUGGUGUAGUAGGAGACCACUACACAACGUCACUGCGCUACAUCGCGAAUGCCCUGCCACAAGUCAUGCCACCCAGCGAAGUAUCAUCUCUAACUGAUGAGUGGUUGCGCCUUUGCUGCGAAAUUUCUGACUGGGAUGUUUCAACAAAUGUUGUUGAACACUGGGUUAAUGUGUUUGCACUAAAAAUGCCCACUGGCGAACCCAAAUACCCAAGACUGGGAAGGCUCGUAAGGGCUGUUCUUUCCUUGCCGCAUGGCAACGCAGACUGCGAGAGAGGAUUCAGCGAAAACAAGCAGGCGCUUCACCAUCGAGCCUCUUUGUCAAUAACAAGUGUGUCAAGCCUUCGUCAAACGAAAGCAUACUUGAAGCGUUAUGGGGGUGACGUCACAAAGGUGCCAAUCACUAGAGAUCUCCUGAAGUGUGUUGGAAAGUCGUACAGUGGUUAUCGCAAACGCGUUGAAAUGGAAGAAGAAUCAAAAUCACGCAAACGGAAAUGUGACGAGCCACUGACAGAAAGCAGCGAAGAAAAAAAGCUGAAAGAGGAAAAGGCCACCCUGCAGUGCCGUCUAUCCACCCUGAAGGCAUUACUUACCAGUGCCGAGGAACUCAUCAGCACAGGAGUAAAAUCGAAGGACAUGGACAAAGUGGAAACUGGAAACGUUUUGCUCGUUGAUGUGAAUUCCAAAUUGCCGGCGGUGCUUGAGCGCAUUAGAAUGAUAGAUUCCACGCUGGAAUCUAACAAGUAAUUCUAACAAGCAAAUUGAAUGCUGAAUAAAAUGAUU